AAAGCUCUUCUUUGCCUACUUUCUUUCUUUCUUUUGCAAUUGCCUUGUUUUUCGCCUUUGUGGUGAUUCUUCUUAUUUGAAACGCAUUCUGCAUAGAAAUAUGACUCAACAUGAGGUCCCUACGCAAGAGCCUUCCGAAACCAAGAUUGUUUUGGAAGGCGAACCAGAGCGUCCCAUCGUAAUGAUUGAUAAUUACGAUAGCUUUACUUGGAACAUUGUUCAGUAUCUUUCAAACCUCGAAAAGAGGUACCCAAUUUUGGUCAUUCGCAAUGAUGAACUCACCGUAGACGAACUCGAGCAACUCAAGCCCUUAAAGCUCAUCUUAUCACCAGGCCCUGGUCAUCCUGCUCAUGAUGGUGGUAUUUGCAAUGAAGCCAUUUCUCGCUUUGCCGGUAAAAUUCCCAUUUUCGGUGUCUGCAUGGGUUUGCAAUGUCUUUUCGAAAGCAUGGGCGGUAACGUUGAAUCUGCUGGCGAAAUCAUUCACGGUAAAGUCUCCAAAGUUUAUCAUGAUGGUUUAGGUUUGUUCCAAGGAAUCCCUCAAGGCAUCUCCGUUACUCGUUAUCAUUCUUUGGCUGGAACCAUCAAGUCGCUUCCCGCUGACUUGGAAGUGACCUGCUGGACUGAAAAUGGCAUUAUCAUGGGUGCUCGUCAUAAAAAGUUUGCCAUCGAGGGGGUCCAGUACCAUCCAGAGAGUAUUCUCAGCGAAUACGGUAAAGAGUAUCUUCAAAACUUCUUAAACCUAACUGCUGGCACUUGGGAAGAAAACAAUGUCAUCAUGCCCACAAAGAACGAUUCUUUCAAUAAAGCCAUGAAGGAACGAUCCAACACUGUCUCUUUUUCUUCUGCUGCUGCCCCCGAGAACGUCCCCAAGCUAUCCAUCCUCAACAAGAUUCACGCUCAACGCCUCAUCGACGUUGCCAAAAGCAAAUGUGAAAAGGGACACAGUGUAAAUGAUUUACAAACAUAUUUAAAGAUGAAUCUUACCUAUCCCGUGGUUAAUUUUUACGACCGCCUCAAAAAGUCGACACCAGCCCUUAUGGCCGAGGUCAAGCGUGCAUCUCCUUCCAAGGGUGAUAUCGAUCCUUAUGCCAAUGCCGCUCAACAGGCUUUGAUUUAUGCCAACGCUGGUGCUUCUGUUAUCUCUGUCCUCACUGAACCUAAGUGGUUUAAGGGUUCCUUGGACGAUUUGCAGCUUGCACGCCGUGCUGUAGAUCAGGUCGCUGAUCGUCCUGCAAUCCUCCGCAAAGACUUUAUCAUCGAUCCCUACCAAAUCAUGGAAGCUCGCUUGAAUGGUGCUGAUUCAGUCUUGCUUAUUGUUGCCAUGCUGUCCUACGAACAAUUAGAAUCGCUCUAUAAGUUUGCAAAAUCUUUAGACAUGGAGCCUUUAGUUGAAGUUAACUGCGCCAGUGAAAUGGAAAUUGCUAUUAAGUUAGGUGCCAAGGUGAUUGGUGUUAACAAUCGUAAUUUACAUAAUUUCGAGGUAGACUUAUCGAAUACCUCCAAGUUGGUUGAUAUGGUUCCUAAGGACGUUGUUUUGGCUGCUCUUAGCGGUAUCAGCUCCAGAUCCGAUGUUGAAUUAUAUACAAAGCAAGGCGUCUCUGCCGUCCUCGUCGGCGAGUCGUUGAUGCGUGCUUCUGAUCCUGCUGCCUUUGCACAGGAGCUUCUUCAUGGUGCUUCCAAAAAAGAGGGUUCAGAUGGCUCUUCUAAGCCCCUUGUAAAGGUAUGUGGUACUCGCACUGUUCCAGCAGCUAAAACGAUUAUAGAAUCAGGAGGCGAUUUAAUAGGUCUCAUUUUUGCUGACAAAAGUAAACGGAGGGUGGACCUUCAAGUUGCUAAAGACAUUGUUGAGUUGGCCCAUUCCAACGUUCGCCAUUACCGAGAUAUGGGUAGCCCAUGUGAUAAACAAAAAGAUUGGUUUGGAUACCAAUUUCAAAAAAUUGCUAAUUCUCGCCAUCCUUUGGUUGUUGGUGUAUUUAAAAAUCAACCUUUAGAGUAUAUUAAGGAGGUACUGUCAGCUGUCGAUUUGGAUAUUGUUCAGUUGCACGGGCAAGAGCCAUUACAAUGGGCCGAGGAGUUACAAAAGCCUGUAUUUAAAGUAUUCUCUCCUAAUGCGUCAGAACUGUCUUCACCAAACUAUCACGUUCUUCCUCUCGUUGAUGCAUUUGUAGGAGGUCAAUCUGGAGGAUUAGGCAAAACUGUAGACUGGAAAGCAGCUGCUCAGAUAAAAAUUCCUUAUGUUUUAGCUGGUGGAUUGACUCCUGAUAAUGUCCAAGAGGCUAUAUGCACAUCACAUGCUGCAAUCGUCGAUGUAUCCAGCGGGGUGGAAACGGAAGGUAUCCAAGAUGACGAAAAAAUCAAAAGGUUUAUUCAAAAUGCCAAAAAGUGUUAGAAUUUUAUGUUUCCCGGGCUAUAGAUUGUCUCUAUUAUGAAAAGUUUGUUUAAUUUUUUUUUGGAAAAUAUAAAGGUCAUUAAAUAUAAUGUUUGGUAUGUCUAUACUUAUAUGCAACGGAAAAAAAUAGAGGGUA